AUGUCUCCCCCAGCUGCCAUCUUUGAGCCCGCAGUGGCCCCAUCUCCCAGCCUCAAGGCCAAGAUUGUGGCCCCUGAGACUGUUCCUGCCUUUGGAACCUCCCAGACUCACCUCCUUGACCACUUCGGCGGCAAGUGGGAUGACUUCAAGUUUGCCCCUAUCCGUGAGAGCCAGGUCUCUCGUGCUAUGACCAGACGCUACUUUCAGGAUCUGGACAAGUAUGCCGAGAGCGACAUCGUCAUUGUCGGUGCUGGCUCCUGUGGUCUGAGCACUGCGUACGUGCUCGCCAAAGCUCGUCCUGACUUGAAGAUUGCUAUUAUCGAGGCCUCGGUCUCUCCUGGUGGUGGUGCCUGGCUCGGCGGCCAGCUUUUCUCCGCCAUGGUCCUCCGUCGUCCUGCUGAGGUCUUCCUCAAUGAGGUUGGCGUGCCCUAUGAAGAAGACCCGGCGAACCCCAACUUCGUCGUUGUCAAGCACGCCUCCCUCUUCACCUCCACCCUGAUGUCCAAGGUCCUCUCCUUCCCCAAUGUCAAGCUUUUCAACGCCACCGCGGUCGAGGACCUGGUCACCCGGCCCUCCGCUAGCGGUGACGCCAAGGACACUCAGAUUGCCGGCGUGGUCGUCAACUGGACCCUCGUCACCCUGCACCACGACGACCACUCUUGCAUGGACCCCAACACCAUCAAUGCGCCCCUCGUCAUCAGCACAACCGGUCACGACGGCCCCUUUGGCGCCUUCUGCGCGAAGAGGCUCGUGUCGAUGAACACCGUUGACAAGCUCGGUGGCAUGCGCGGCCUCGACAUGAACUCUGCCGAGGAUGCUAUUGUCAAGAACACCCGUGAGGUCGCCAAGGGUCUGAUCAUCGGUGGCAUGGAGCUGUCUGAAAUCGAUGGCUUCAACCGCAUGGGACCUACCUUUGGCGCCAUGGUGCUCAGUGGUGUCAAGGCUGCCGAGGAAGCCCUCAAGGUCUUUGACGAGCGUCAGCGCCAGUGUGCCGAGUAA